UGGAGUUGUUAUUCAUUUGUUUUCGAAGAGUAUUGCACCAAACCAACGAAGGUUGCAUCACAGAUUAUGUGUAAAUAGUUGAAGUUCAGUAUCAGAGUUUCACUAGAUUACGGUGAAAUCAUCUGAUAAGUCCAGAGCCCCAAAGUAUGGCUACCGCGACGGGGAUAGCCGACUCAGCUCAGUGGAUGUGCGUUAACGAAGAAUCGUUGUUUCUGCACGACGGAUUAAUUCGCGUCACCGAUCUAGUCCAACUUCCUCGAGAUGUCUCCACCUCGAGCGAAACGGACAGAGAAAAUGAAGUGGUUUCCUUCGAUACCAAGGACCCUGCAGAGCUUACGGACAGACUCCUGUCCGUUUGCGGGACGAAUAACAACGCCUAUGCCUACUCCAGACUUCUUGAGUACAGGCUGAACGCUUUGAAGGGGCUUUGGAACGCCCACCGGCAAAUCAACAGCAACAUGGAGCAGAUAGAAAAAGAAGCCUCAAGCCACGAAGAGUCUAUCUCCUUGCUCAAGAAGCAGGGAUUAUGGCAGCAGCCGGAGCAGGUGUCGUUUUCCAGUCGCGUAGGUCUCCUUCUUGUUUUCCCCUUGUUGAAAUCGCAGAAGAAACAGGACCCCGAACUCUGCGGAGAGACGGCCAAACUGCUGUUGAAUUGCCUUCGUGAUUGCCCGCCCCUCAGUCUAACUAAAGAGCCGGGAGAUUGCCUGGAAGGAUUGGAGAGCUUGUUGUGUUCUUGGCUGACCGAGGGCAGCAGAUUGUUGGAUUCCGAGGUUGACGAUGAGACGAACCAGGAAAUGAGAUCACAGCAGCAGAAUCUGGCAGCUGCUCUUGUGGCGUUAGCUUGUGCAAGGGGUUCAACGUCAACUAUAAUUCACACCAUCCACCUCUUGCAAAGACACCAAGGUAACUUGGGCUCUCUGCCAGUCGCUGACAUCCUGCACAAGUUGCUGAGGUUGGAGGGAGGGCCAGGCUGUACAUCGUCGCUCCUCGGCAGUAAGCACAUGGUGUGCUGGGGAUUUGAGGAUCUGCUUAGCGACGGGGGGAAGAAUGGUGACGAGAAAGAAAAAGAGAAAGAUACUACAGAUAUAGGAAGGAGUCUUGCUUGUGACGGCCGAUUCCUAUACACUACUAGUUCACAUGGCAAGGGAUUGGCCAAAUUUGGCUCUGGACUUGGUGGCACUUUGAGGGGCUUCAUUUAUGCCAAGCGUCAAGAUCUCGGCCAGGGCUGGGUCGCUCAUGGAGAAGACUGCCUGAUUCACAGAGCAUUAGACACUGACGGGCAUCCUGAUCAGCUGUGUACCCUACUUGAUCAACGAACCCUCAAGACGGAAUCUCAUGUUGAGGUGCCGCCAAGUCUUCGUCUAACGACCAACCGUGUGACCAUAGCACUCCAGUCUGACGGUACCCACUUCUACUGGAUAUGGUGCAUUGUGGGAGCCGACAAGAGUGGAAAGGGACAGCCAGUCUGCAUGGACGUUUUUAAACUGCAGGAGGAGGAUGGUACCAUCCAUGCCCAGCCCAUCGGGUCUCGCAUCAUUCUGUCCCGGAAGGACGAAUCACUUAAAGUCGUUGGUGACCCUCUGCUGACCAGACUACGUACCUACAGGUACAGCACUGCAGCUACUCUGGCCAUGCUGACUGGUCAGACCAACACCAAUGGCUCAACUAAAGAAGACACAUCGACCACAAGCUGUGGUCUCACCCUGAAGCUUCUACGCAAGACACCGAUCUUCACUUGCGGCAACAGCGUCGUGAUGCUAACUGCGCCCCCUGGAGGCAACAACAACUCAUCCUCGCGAUCCAUCUUUAACGCAGGCUCAGCCCUAGGUACAAAUCUUUGCUUCAGCGCUAAAGAUGGAGGCUUCACCACCCGAGUGGAUUUUGUGGAUGCACCGACCUGCUCCGUUGCCAGGGGAUCUCCCAUUGUGGGACUAGGAGUGUGUUUUGACGCAACCAACAACUUCAUCUGGACGUGUUCUAGUGACUGGGUGGACCAGUGGCAUAACCCAGGCUUGAGGGCGCCACAUCAUGUUGGUGCGCAGAUGGGAAUGGAACCAGCGCUGGAACCUGUGCCUGAUGAUUCCAUGAUCUUGAUUCCCGGUAUCGUCAAGAUGCUCCUGCAUCACGUCGGUAGCAACUGCUGCCACCGUAUCCACAGCGACAUCCUGCAGUCCUCCCUGGGCCAGAUGCUGAUGAGACAACGCACCCUGGAUGUGGUCCAUCUCAGGAGGGUUUGUGACAUCCUUGAGAAGGCACUGAAGGAGGAGGACCAACCGGCUGCCCAGUGCAUGUUCAUCGUACUACAGGUGCUGUUCAAGUGUCAUACAUUUCGGUCGUCUAAGAAAGAGGACAUUGAUUGUCUGCAUCAUGCAGGAGCCCUUGCGUGGCAGGUUCUGGUCGAAUCUAAGGGAACCGUGCAGCUUGAAGGACUGCAGAGAGAGGCAUGCAACACUAUCAUAGCUGGACUGACCGUCCUGUACCGCACCAACGAGGAGCAGAACUCCCUGAUGCAUCGUCUGCUGCUUGAAGGGGAGGCUAACCCAGCCCUCGGAAGGCUACGUGACCUCAUUCUAGGGGUCAUAGGUCAACUACUGCGACUGGAAGGGGACGAGAAAGAUCUCUCUGGGAGAUUAAAAGAUGAGCUGGUUCACUUGAUCCUGAAGAUCUCUGUGAAAGAGGCCUGUGUGUUGCUACGUCGAUGCCAGCAGGACACCAGUGAGGAAUUUGAAGACAUCAUAUCCACAGUGCCAGUCGCCUCUCCUUGCCUGCAAUACAUGAUGGCCCUACAGAUCAACCUCCUUCGUGACGGAGCCCUAUGCAACUCCAAGCCUGAGGAGAGUUCCCCCCUACUGAUGGCCGAGGAACAGCCCAACCUAGAGGAGCUUCAGCACUCCAUACUCAACCUUGCCUCAAAGGUGUUCACCGGAUGUGAAGAGGUUUUAGAAACUCUCAUCCAGUCCUGCCAGUCCAUCUCAAACUCAGACCUGAGCGACCGUGACUCACGUCUACAGGGUCUUGAGCGAGUCAUCAAGGGGACUAUGCUGGGACAUCUCAUGCCGAUACUCAUCACGGCACUGACUCAUGAGAACCUUCAGAGUUUGACUCUCGCUGACUCACUCAUACCUCAAGUAGUUCAGCUGGUUAUCCUCACUAGUCAGGCCUCUCAGAUGUUGGUGAAAUGUCAUCAGCAGGACGCCCUCGACAACGAUGAAAUCUUGAGUCCGGGACCAGAUGCUACCAUGACCAUACGUACCCCAGACCCUCACGAUCUCGGCUUCCUAGCGAGUCUUAAGAUCCCAGCUCCGUGGGCGACGGGCAAGACGGUAGAGUGCAUCCAUCCCGUUAGAGAUAACUACAAGUUCAGGGAGACAGUGCACAUACCGGGAGCACGGUGCCUUUACCUGAGGUUUGACCCUCGAUGUGCUACGCAGUAUGACUACGAUAAGGUGAUUGUCUACGCCGGUCCUAAUUCCAGUUCCAGGAAGGUGUCAGAGUACGGAGGGAACACAUAUGGGUUUGGAAGCAGGAGUGUGUUGGGAUCUGGAUGGCCCAAGGAUCUCGUCAAGGUGGAGGGUAACACAGUAACAUUCACUUUUGAGAUGAGAAGCGGCAGAGAACAUAACACCCCGGAUAAAGCCAUGUGGGGAUUUGCCUGCACCGUCAGAGCCCAGGAGUCUACUGAGGAUGCAUCACGAGGCAUGCCAUUCCUAGCAGACUUGGCACUAGGCCUUUCGGUCCUUGCCUGUACCAUGUUGAUGAAGCUAUACAAGGGACCGGAGAAGAGUCAGGAGGAAGAACAGAGUGAGCACUUGCUCAAGUCUAAACUCCUUCAGAGAUGUGUGUGGCAUCCCCAAGCCAUGAGGACCACCCAGAGGCCGGCUGUGGUCCCAGAGAUGAGAGCUGCUGAGACUGCCGGUCACUCUCCGCAGAAGGAGAGUCAAAUCCUGCCCCGCAUCAAACUCUCGGCCGAUAUCAUGCAGAGAUUACAAGCCCUGUCUGGUAGAAUGGCUCCCCAUCUAAGACCGAGUAUUGGUGAGGUGAUUCAGCCAGCAGCCUUACAAGAAGCCAUCGUAUCGGCAGCCUUGAAGCAUCUUGGACUAGAACACGCCGUCUUGCUCCUGGGUGACGGCAGCACCUCUGAGCAGCAGAGGAGUAGCUAUGACCUCCUAUGCCAGGUCAUGAACGGGGUCUAUAGGAGGAUCUAUGCAAUACAGAGGCAGCUACAGCUUUUGGCGGAGUUAGAGCAGAAGUGGAACCAUGAUUUGGAUGAGAUGAGAGGAGGGUCGUUGCAAUCGACCUCAGCUUUCUUUGCGAUGUAUCAUCAACAAGAGAACAAAAUGCGAGAGUUGGAGCUCUUGGCCUACCUCAAAGACAUCGACUUUGAAUCUGCCGAUCAAGAAGAUGCAGUUAAGCUCCUCAGAGAAAAACUUGAGCAAGAAGCAAGCAUGACCCCUAAGGAUGGCCCCAAGGAGACAAUGCCCAAGACCAGGUCCUUGGUGAUGGCCAUCUUGGAGAGGGUUGAGCUACUUCUACAUGUUACCAUAGCAACAGAAAGUCUCCAAUCACAUCCGAGCAGCUUAUCCCGCAGCGUGUCGCAGCAUCCCAGCAAUGAACCCAGAGGUCUAGUGUUUGUCGAUCAGUCAGUUGCCCCUCCAAGCCCACCAUUCACUCGCAGUGUAUCUCUACCUAUGGAGCUAGAAGGAGGCAAGGAACUAGGCAAGGAUUCGGCUAAGAGCAGCAGAUCAAGAUGGCAAUCUAGAAGGAAAGGGCCAUUGUCUCUGCUUCAGGAGCUAGCUCAGAGCGACAUUAAACAGACAGACAAACGAGCUCAUGCCAUCCUACUGGAUGAAUUCUUUUCAUUUAUCGGCACCAACCCGGAACAAGCUGUGUCUCUGGAGAGCUUCCUAUCAGCAGCCAGAGUGCGUUGGCGACGAGGAAACACACGCAAGCAAGCCCUCGUACACAUCAAGCAACUACUGCUCGCUGCGAGCAAAGUGGGCGGAGCCAUGCAUCUACUCGCUGCUGUCACGGCUGUCAUUCAAAAUGGACCCAGAGUCGAUGAGCUGGCCUGUGGAGGUAUGGUGGAUGAAGUUCAACAAACUUUCUCUGAAACGAUGACCUCUGUGGUGACCUUAGCUGGUGCCCACCCCGUGGCGUGUGCAAACAGCAUAGGGCUUCUCUGCACUAUCCCAUACACAAGGAGAGAGGAGCAGUGUCUAGUUGACAGCGGCCUCGUCCAGGUGUUAGAUCAACUCUGCAGUCUAGGAUCAGGGGGUGGUAGCUCUGGUAGUGGUGGAGGAUCGUCUGAAUCACAGACUACUAAACAACGUGUGUCCGCCCUAGCCUGGGCUGGAUUCCAGGUACUUGCCAGUCGCUGCGUAUCCUGGGAGGCAGACGAGACAUCCCAUGAUGCUUUGGGUUACGCCGGCCUGGCCCGUCAGGUGUCCAGCCUACUGACCAAUCAUCUGGCUCGAGCCACUGAGUCUAGCGGGAACGAAGCAGCUGGAAGUGAGGCUCUGCAAGAGGUCUUGAGUUUACUCAACGAACUCUCAAGGAGCCGAAUGGGUAAGGCCAUCCUGAGCCAGCCAGCCUGUGUCUCCAAGCUCCUCUCCCUUCUCCUAGACCAGCGUCCCUCCCCCAAACUAGUCCUCAUCAUCCUGCAGCUGUGCCGGGUUGCCCUCCCCCUCAUGAGCGCAGAGGACUGUGCCAGCGUGCAGCUUCCCUAUUGGGGCCAGGAAGUGUCCACUCUGCUGAGAGGGGCGGACGAGGGGAUGGAGGGUGAAGGAGAGGAACAGUUGAACGAUCCGCCGGCUAAGAUUGCCAGCUUGCUGUUGGCUAAGCUUGGAGAUUACGUUGUACCUGGUUGUCAGACCACCGCAUCUUUGGAAAAUCCAUCCUCAGUCAACGCCGAUGGUAGUCAGGCCACAGCGCCCUCUAAUGGUGACAGAGAUAAAGGGGAGGAGUCCGAAGCACAGGACGGCCGCAUCUCAGUGUUUAUCCACAAGAGAGAGGAUCAGUCUUCUCAUGAGGUCAUUCAGCCUCUUCUGAGUUCUGAUGGCAGACCCUUCAGACUCGGUAGCGGAGUCAACAUGGAGAGAGUGGUACGAAUGGACAGAGAAAUGACAAAGUACGGUAAAGCUGAAGUCUUCACUGAAGACGCCAACGCCGCGAUCCGUAAAGCAGGCAAGUGGGCCCAGGGUGGUCUCGUCGUCAGCACAGGACCCCCUGUGGAGAGUAACGGAGAAUCAGUCAACGAGAACGGCAAAGAGAAGAAGAAGGUAGCCACGGAGGUGGUGUGCAGAGAGAAGAAUGCAGAGCUGGCAAGAACUGAUCCAGUCCGGCCGUUCAUCAGCGGCCAUGUUGCCAACAGCAUGGCGUCGGAGGUCAUCGCACUUCUACACAGCUUACUGACGGCUCCUGAGACGCACACCGCCCUCAUCUGGGCAUCCGCUGUGGAACGAGUGCUGUCCCAUGCUCUGACCCUGGUCUCCCAACUGACCUCCCAGCAAGCCACCCAUCUCUCUCUGCUGAACGCUCAGUCCCAGGGAGAGGCCGUUACUAGACUCAUGUCCAUAUGUCGUCAAGUGGUGGCAGCAUUUUGCGCUCUUGGAGGCUUCAAGGAGAGUGUGAAGGUCGGAUCCAAAGUGCAGGUCACAGGUGAAGGGUCGCGACCCCUCUUGGGUCAUGUGAUCAGCAUAUCAGAGCCCCAGUCCGUAGCUACAGUGGAGUUUAACAUCACUAAGGAGAUGUGCAUCCCGCGUGCUAAUAACACGCUGGAGGUCCCGCUGUCUAGGCUUCAACCACCAAGCAGCCAGACCAUACCUCUCCAGCAGCUCUCCAUGACAGAGCGUGUGGUGUCUGCUCUACACAGCCUCUUGCUACCCAGGAACGAACGAGGAAUGUCCCCCCUCACCGCGACCUUACCCGCCGUGGGUGACGGAAGCUGCCUGGCUAUGGCAUCGUGUAGAGUCCUGGCCGAGAUCAGAUCUAGAGCAUGUGCCGUGUUAUCUCUACACAUGAGGGAGCCCUCAUUUGCCACUGAGUUUGUCAAGCAGUCUUCUCUACCUGUUGAGGUGCUCAAGUCGUUGGCUCAACAGUGUAGCUCAGGGGAGAGAGUAUCAGUAGUAGAGGCCCAAUGCCAGCGUCUUCGCAUGCUGUACAGAGACUGUGCUCGACCACCACCACCACCAGCAAAGAACUUGUCCCGCAUGUCUCAAGAUAUCGGUUGGAACCCGAGCCGUAGUUUCCCCCCGCCCCGUGCCUGCCUCUUCUCCCACAACCAGACGGCCGUAACCUUCCUAGGAGAUAACAACGCCGGGAGUGGUUUGCCGAGGGGGGUCAUGUGUUACGCCACCCAGCCUGUUCCACACCAAGCACCGUCCUUUUACUGGGAGCUGGAAAUCUGUUCCAAUGGUGACUUGGCUGAUGAGGCAGGACCCUCCGUGUCAUUUGGGUUUGCACCCAGCGCCGAGAAGAAAGAAGGGGCCUGGACGAAUCCUGUGGGCACUGUGCUCUUCCACAACAGCGGCCGAGGUGUGCACUACAGCGGUGCCAGCCUGCUACAAUGGAAGAGCCUAAGACUAGACGUAACUCUAAACGUUGGAGACGUGGCCGGCAUCGGCUGGGAACGCGAUGGGGAAGGAGGUAGCCACGCCCACGGUCAGCAGGCUAAAGGGCGUGUGUUCUUGACGUACAAUGGGCGGAGAUUGUCGGCUACGCUGGACGGAGUGGCUGGAGGGAUGUGGCCAGUUGUUCAUGUGCAGAAAAAGAACACGCGUGUUCGUGCCAACUUCGGUGCGCGUCCCUUCUGCCACGCGGAAGGUCGUCAGCACCACGAUGCCGCUGUCGAAGCCAUCGACCCGAAGGAAGAGAUCGCAGCCAACUUCAGCAUCCUGCCGUUCCACACGUUGGAAGAAGCCACCAAUGAGGGCGCGAGUAUUGAAGUACCUCAGAUGGAGGCUGUGGGUGACUCGUCACCGGCUGGGCCACCUUGUCGACAAGUUUCAUCUCCCAGACCAUCAACAGAUUAUGACACGGAUGAAUCGGUCAACUACAAGCUCCGACAGAGUUACAAUAACUUCACGACUAUGGGGGCAGACGUCCGGAUCUUGAGCGGCUCCCAAGACGAGACCAAAGACGAUGAGGAGGACGGGGACCAAGAGACCCAGGAGGACUUCCACGCCCUCCUGGUCAAGGCCUGGGAGAGCAAAGUGUUCCCCGUCAUCAGGAGACGGUUCAGGAAUGAGGCGGAGAGACGGUCAGGGUUGGAGCAGAUCAAGGGAGCUCUGCAGCUGGGUAUGACCGACAUCGCCAGGCAAACCGUGGAGUUCCUGUAUGAGGAGAACGGGGGUAUGCCCCGUGAUCUCCACCUUCCCACCAUUGAAGACAUCAAAACCGAAGCAGCGAAAUUCACCAUCGAUAAGGUCCGCAAGGGAACCACAGUCGUCAUCCACCAGCCAGAUACGACGGGGUCGGCCGGGAGCACCGUGGUACCCAAGUUUGCUGUACGUGCCAUGCUGAAGACAUUUGGACUGACCGGGAUGGUUUUGGAUAUCGACUCGAGACAGGAAUUAGUGCAAGUUGAAACCUACCUACGCAGUGAAGGGGUCCUGGUACGCUACUGGUACCCAUUGGAUAUGCUGGAGAGACCACACGCAGGGUACCGGCGGGGUGCGCUGACGGGGCUCGGGGCGUUGGAUAUAACAAACAUCAAUAUUCACAGAGAGCUGCUUCAUGCGGAGGCCACGUCGGCGCGCAUGUCCUGCCGUACAGCCCUGAUGGAAUUCCUAGGUCACUGCCAGAGUCCAGAGGUCAUUGAGGUCAUCCCGUGCUCUUUGACCUCGGGUCAAGCUUCGGCCAAUCCUGAGCAGGAUAUCUCUCAUCUGCAGCUUUUGUCCAAUCAGCUUUUAGAAUCUCCUCAACCCGAUGGCGCCUUACAGGCUUCCUCAUUGCUCACUGCUCAGUGGCUGCACCAGUGUCUAGCAAGCAACACUCGCUGUCUGGCCGAUAUCUUCUACCAAGACACGCAAACCUUGAGGAGGGAGCUGUUUAUCGCCAUGGCAACUGCUGCGCACAUGGGCGAGGGCAGGCUGUUGGAGCUGACCAAUCAGCUGUGUGGAGUUCUUCAGAGUGCACCGCAUCAUUUCCCUUGUGAGGUUACCACAGUCAUGGAGUCCAAGUUGAACACGGAUCUCCUGUUCCCUGGUGCUUCUGCAGUCAUCGUCAGCUGCCAGCAAGAUCCAAAGACUGCCAGGAAAGAGGCCUCACUGUACCAGGCACCAUGGGCAAGGGUUUUCUGCUACGGCAUUGGCCAUCGAGUCAAGAAAACCGGACAGACUGCCCUGCUUGAGGUUGUCAGCUACCCCGCAGAUGCUGCCAUCAACAGCUCUGCAGGCCUCUCUGCCCCUCCAAGCCACAACAUCGACCCCUUCCCAACGGUGGUACUUCCGUGCAAUCGCGUCCACGUCAGAUUUGGUGUGUCGCCGGUGCCCGGUUGCAUGGUGUCUCUGCACGGGCUGCCUUCGGAGUUCCCUCUCGCCAUGGCUUUCAUCGAGACCCUGAUGGGAUGUGAACACCAGAUCGGAAGCCAGAAGAUCGAAGGCAUGGAGGAGAUUGUUAUCGACAGGGUCAAGGAGAUCCCGCCUGAGCGGCAGGAGAUUCUGAAGGAGAAGCCUGUUCAGAUACCACCUCGGGUCACCGCCAGGGCGGUAGAGCUCCUGGUACAUUACCUCAUGAUGGCAAAAGUGCCGUCCCUGAUCAAGGAGUACCUGUUCCACAUGCUGGCACAACUGCUGAGAAUGCUCUACAAGAGAGAGUUUUCUGGCGAUAGUGUUGUUGCAGCUGCUUCGACAGCUCUCCCAUUUGCUGUUAUCACUCAGCUGCGGCAACUCAGAGUAGAACUGAGGAAGCUCUUUGAGCAUGAAUCCAUGUCAGGGACUCUCACUUCUAUCACGCCAGGCCGCCAAUCAAAGUACUUCCAGUCCUUGAUGGAGCUGUGUCUCGCUCUUGCCGAGGUGACCUCCCCUCCAGGAUCAGGAGGUCAACUCGUAUCGUCGCCACACUCUACCCUCUCAGUGCAACUCAGCCCCCAGGCAGCCGCCAAGCGGAAAAAGGUUAAAAUCAGGAGAACAGGUGCUUCAGUCAAGCGCAGCCCUCGCCCGAGUGAGAGCGAUAGCGGGGAGACGUCAGCAUCAGGGAGCUCCAAGCCAGAAGAGAUGCUGUGGUUCCACAGAACCUUGACUGUCUCUCUUAUCCUGCGGUACCUCAUAGAUGGCGAUUCAAAGGGGUCGACAGUCAUCCGUGAUGCCAUUCUAGAUGCACACCAGACUAACUCUGCUCCGUCCACUCACACACGCCUGCUGGUGAUCACAGGUAUUCCUAUGACUCUGGAGGAACCAGCCGUUCGUAGAGCCAUUGAGAGAGCAUGCAGGUCUCACGGUGGACUCUACAAACAGGAACUAUGGAUUCCUGUACAAGAGAUUAGACCUCUAGAUGGCCGUGAGGAGUCUGAUGUGACCACAAAAACACCAGUUAACUUGCCUGGUUCACUCCAUGGAGCCUCUGUUGAGACCCCAGGACCUUCUCCUUCAACUGACCCUAAUAUGGACCCAACUCCAAGCCUGGCCAGCCAACCGCAGCCAAGUCCUGAACAACAUGAAGGUCGUCUUACACCCCCUCCUGAAAGUGAAAUCACCUCUGAACAAACAGCACAUAAAGCAGACACUGAUCAGCCAGAGGAAGCCAAGAGGUGCGUUAAGGGGUGUGCUGUCCUGGAGGUACGUUGCAAAGCCAAAAUGGACAGCAUAGAAAAUGCCCUACUCACCAGCAAGGAGGUGACCGAAGCUAUGCAAGUGGAGAGUGCUGCCAUCUUGGAUGUCUCCCCCGAGGAUUUCCUCACCAUUUCUGUCAUCAGUUCCAGUUUGCAAACGGAACUCACCGACAACAGCGAAUUCCUAGAGUAUCUCAAGUACAAACUCUUCAACGAGAAAUCCCCAACGAUCUUGAAAACUUUGGCCGUGCAAUCCUUGGAGCAGAUCUUCUACAGUUGCCUGGCGGCAGAGCAGGGGUUCAAGCUCCUCUCAGAGCUGGACGAGAAAGAAACAGAGACCGUCGAGGUGACCCUGUCCAAGGAGCAGAUGCUGAGUCUGGCACCUGGGAACCUCCUUGUGCCAUUCUUUGGGGGGGUGAAGGGUUCCAAACAUACCACCCAGGAGGAAGUGUGUCUAGUUUUGGAGAAGUAUGGCGUGAACAGAUUAAGCAGUAGUCGACCAAAGAAACCAAGCAGUAAGCCAAGCAAGGAGCAGAUGCGAGGUGUUUACCGCAGAGGGAGCAAAACGAGCAAGGAGAAACUGACUACAGCUGAAGUGUCGUCCAAAGCAAAGUCACCGAGCGGAGCAGACAAGAAGACCAAACGACCGGAGAAGGUGUCUCGUGACAUCCCCGAGAAACGUCACCUGGACGAUGGCAGAGCCAAGCUGGAGGUGUGUCAAGAGAGGGCGCUAACCCUCAACGGGUUCCUUCAGUUUGUGACAGAUCGAGCCCAAGGAGAUGCCACCCCUGUGUGGAGAGCUCUGAUGGCCUGUGGUUUUGAUCUACAUUUUGACAGAUUUGCAAGUUUCAACCACACCGACACCCCGUCCUACUUCAAGCACUGGACCCACGAAAUGGAUACUGCCCUCGUGUGUUACGUCGAUCGUCUUUGUCGCAAGAUGUCCAUCACACCAGCCAGGCUUAACCCCCAUGAGGUGUACCUGACUGAAGGUGACCUGGUCAGCCCUAAAUUUGCCUCUUUGCAAGGUGUUCCUCUGGAGAUCCUCCGUCUCCGCUUCGCCCUUCUCCAGUCGCUAAGCAACAACCUAGAGUCCUACUUCCUGCCUUUGGUUGACCUCCGACCCUCGCAGACGCUGUCCCUGAGCACAGCAGCCUUGCUGGCCAGAGCGAGGACGCUGUUGUUCUACGACACCAAGAUUAAGUUCUUCAACGCCAUCUUGGAUGCUACUGCCCAGAGGAAUCUAGACCAGGCGGCACCGGAGAUCACCCUGGAUCCUCUGGAGAUUGUUGGAGCGGAUGCUCAGGAUUGUAUAUCCACCCAGUUCUGCCAAGCGGCCCGUCAACUCUCAACCGUUCCAUCGUCGAAGCUGUGUGUUAAGAUUGCAAGCGGUGGAGACCCAACGUACGCUUUCAAUGUCAGACUAACUGGGGAAGAGGUCCAUGGAACAAGCGGUUCUUUCAGACACUUCCUGGGUCAGGUCACCAGGGAGCUUCAGAGCUCAGUGCUUGGUCUCCUGGUGUUGUGUCCGAGCGCUGGAUCCGGCCGCAAUAAAGGAAGAUUCUUAAUGAAGCCGGGACCAAUCACAUUCCCCGAGGAGAAACUCCUAGAAUUCUUCGGACAGCUCCUUGGUGUGGCUUUAAGAGCAGACAUCCCCCUAGCCCUGGACCUUCUCUCGUCAUUUUGGAAGUGUCUCGUAGGAGUAGCUCUAGACCCUGACCGAGAUCUUGAAGAAGCUGACUGCAUCACGUACGACUACAUCAAGAAACUAACCGAGGUCCAGAGUGAAUCCGAGUUUGACACACUCUGUGCCGAAGUCUCCUCCCAUCAUGCAUCUGAGCUUGAGUCACCCGACACUGACCCGUCAGCUGCCUCUGCAUUUGUCCCUCGUCUGGGCCAGACGUCUCACAACCUCAUGUUUGUCUAUAAUAGCUUGAGUGGGGAAGAGGUUGAACUGUGCCAUGAGGGUAGAGCUCGUAAAGUCAGUUGGAAGAACCGACAGCAGUACAUCUCAGCUAUCAGGGAUCUACGACUGCGUGAGUUGGCGUGCCCAGAGCGUAUGUUGGCAGUCCGCUGUGGUCUGGCGUCAGUCGUUCCGAUCCAGCUUCUCUGUAUCAUGACACCCUACGAUAUUGAGCUCAGGAUGUGUGGCCUGCCAACGGUUGAUCUAGAUUUCUUAAAGGCUCACACCAUGUACCAAGUCGGCCUGGUAGAGACGGACACACACAUCCAGUACUUCUGGAAUGCCUUGGAGAGCUUCUCCCAGGAUGAGAUCUGCCGCUUCAUCAAGUUUGCUUGUAACCAGGAACGCAUCCCUUGCACCUGCCCAUGCCGAGAUGGGGAGGCUGAUACCACUCAUGUACCCCCGUACCCAAUGAAGAUUGCACCACCAGAUGGUACAUCAGGAUCACCGGAUACUCGUUUCAUCCGUGUAGAGACCUGCAUGUUCAUGGUGAAGCUACCACAGUACACAAGCCAGGAUAUUAUGACUAAGAGAUUACUGUAUGCCAUCAACUGCAGAGAGGACCCACUCAGUGGGUAAAGUAGUACCCAGUCACCCUUUGGAGAACACAUUGGAGUCACCCAUAGGAGAACACAAGGGGUGUGCUGUCUGCAGAGAGGACCCACUCAGUGGGUAGAGUAGUACCCAGUCACCCAUUGGAGAACACAAUGGAGUCACCCAUAGGGGUCGCCCAUAGGGGUCAUCCAUAGGAGAACACAACGGGUUUGCUGUCUGCAGAGAGGACCCACUCAGUGGGUAAAGUAGUACCCCAGUCACCAAUUGGAGAACACAUUGGAGUCACCCAUAGGAGUCACCCAUAGGAGAACACAAGGGGUGUGCUGUCUGCAGAGAGGACCCACUCAGUGGGUAGAGUAGUACCCAGUCACCCUUUGGAGAACACAUUGGAGUCGCCCAUAGGGGUCGCCCAUAGGAGAACACAACGGGUUUGCUGUCUGCAGAGAGGACCCACUCAGUGGGUAAAGUAGUACCCAGUCACCCUUUGGAGAACACAUAGGAGUCGCCCAUAGGAGUCGCCCAUAGGGGUCGCCCAUAGGAGAACACAAAAGAAAAGACCCCAGAACCAGGUGUGAAGUUUUCUUAUUUUUAGGGCUUAGUUGAAAUAGUGAAGACGGUGUGAUUUUAAAAUGACUUAAGAGUGAGUAUAAUUCUGGGGAGGUUGCCACCGGGUAAGAGGAUAUUGUGCGGUGAUCCAAUAGGAUUUGAUGUGAAAAUGGGUGAAAGAUGCACAUUAAGUUUGAUGUAGGAAUGCAAUUAUUUAAACAAGUUUUCCCUUUCAGGCCAAAGUAUCCUCACAUCUGCUUUGCUAUUAGCGAGGAACUUUGCCGUUGUAUUUUAGUGUAAAUUUCAUUUCUUCAUCUCAGAGUUUGACGAGAAGUCUUUCCACUCGUCAAAAAAAAUAAACUUUAAAAGAUUCGUAAAGUCCACCCCUCUGCCGUGACUUUUGACUUACAAAUUAUCCUUAACUAAAGAGAGAAUUAAAAUUUAAUAUGAUUUCCUUUGCAUGAAUCAAAGAUUUUUUUUUUUUAGGGGGAAUAAAGAUGGUGUUUUUAGCACGAUCCGCAGCACUGCUGGAGAUCCUUUGCAAUUUUUUAUGAUAUUAUAUUUAUUGUAUUUAUUAUUUGUAUAACAGUCUUGGUGAUUAUGUAAUUAUAGGAGAGUUCAAGAGACCUUAUUUGAGUGUUAUAUCACUUGUACAGUAUGGCAUGAUGACACAGCAAUGUUUUUUUUCGAAAUGCGGAAAAUCUUCACUAGCAUUAUUGAUUGAGUGUAAAUAGUGCGAUUUAUCAGCGUUGUAGCUUCAAACUUCCUGAAGGGAAACAAGUGUUUAUCGCUAAUUGUGAACUGGCAGUUUCUUUUUGUGGUACUGCCUCAAUAUACCCCACACAAGAACCUGACUAUUCAUGGGCUCUGUCACCUUUGACCCUGUCCACAUUGCAGCAUAGUCUGGGGCCAUGUGGUGGAUUGUUAAUAAAAUGGAUGCCACGCACUGCAUGUUUUGACAAGCCCACAGGGUUGCUUGUGUUAGCUAAAAACUUUACUAGUUGCGUCAAGUUGUCAACAGCUUUUAGUCCAAGUUGUCAACAACUGGUCAUAGGGCCAAUAACAUCCCUUUAAUGUCAUUAUAGUUUUUAUGCAUAAAAUUACCUUUAAAACCUUUAAACAAGUUUGUGCACAGCCAUCAUGGGUGUUCCCCGCAAACAUGUGCAAUCACAGAAAUGCUGAAAGCAAAUUAUAUAGUGUAUCUACUUGCUGAAAAUCUACUCCGCACCAGUAGAAUAUAAAGCAAGACAAGCUCUCAAAAGGACAUUGCUACCUGGCCAGUAGAUACACACAUGGUGUUACUGCAAACCAAAUAUUUAUAAAUUAUUCUUAAUAGUAAAAGUAAAAGUAAGCGUAAGAUUAUAAAAGACCUUGCAUGCCUGAUUAAAUCUCAAGACGCUGUACAAAUUAAAAUGGCAGCUGAAGAAAAUGAAAACAUAACCAGCAUUAAAGAGGGCAUUGAAUGUGCAUUUAAAGGAUCAAUCAAAACCUAAAGUUCGUUUAGACCAAAGAUCAUAGAUCUUAUAGUUUAAAAAAAAAAGAUCAUUCGGUUACGAGGCAAGUUAGUGUACAAAUUAUUUACAGUUUGGCUGGUUUGACGUACGCUCAGCAGGAAUACUUGCUAAGUGUACAUGUUUCCUUGAUAACAACAGUUUGAACAAGAACAUAAAAAAAACUGAUCUUCUUUUGUAAGCAAUGAAAGGAAGAACAUGUAUUUUGUACAAUUAAGUUCAGUAUUUUAGAAUUCAUUUUAUGAUAACAUUAUUUAAAUUAAUGCAGAAAAUUUUACAGAUCUGAAGUGUUAGCUUUUGGUUUUGUUGCACGUUGUUGCAACAUUGAUCCCAACACACACUGCAAGGGUGUGGCCUAGGGGCCUGUUUGAAAACCUGUCCUUUGGGCUUCAGUUCCGGCUUGGCCUCAGUCCGUGUCUGGCCACAGGUUUCAAAGUUUCAUAGUUUAGACGAGGAUAGAGGGGCCAGCUAAAACAACCCCCUAAUACCAAAACUGUCAUGUAGGAUUGAUGGUUUUCAAGUUUGGCUCAAAAAGCAAACACCAUCUUUUACAAAUCACUGACCGAGUGUAAAUCUUAAAACUAAAACAGAACAUUUCCAGUCCCAAAUAAAGUCAGAAACUUGUGAGAGCGAAACCUGCAACACUCGAACAUGGAAAAUCAAUGGCGCUAGUCCUACUUUGUGUACAGUCACCCCACCACCAACUCCAAAAGCAAUUAAAAUGUGUAUUGAAUAUCGCUCAAGAUUGGUAAGCCCAAAGUUAUGUUUGGGUUUGAGUAUCAGAUUAGUCAUUCUCACUUCAAUGUUUCCAAGUAAGUAGGAUUUAUUAUAGUGUUUAUUAGUAGCCAACAAUGCCAUGUUUGAUUAUUGCACUUCAUAAUUUAUCAUAAGUUCAGUUAACAGUUAACUCCUUGAUGUUUGAGAUGCCCAUUUAAGAUGCAAUCCCCCUUAAGAUUUUAGCGACACUUUGUAAGUUUUAAGAUGUUUGACCUAUGACCUACGACCCAGCCACUGGUGUAACCAUUCAAAGCUUUGUUUCUAAUUAAUAAUGACGAAUGCAUGAGUAGUUGGAACAGACUUUGGAUCCCACACAAAGUCCUAACGAUUUCCACCGAAUGAAAACAAACUCUUGUGUAUAGUAAGUAUUAACACCUGUAUAAUUUGUAAAUAUAAUUCUAAAACCUGUUGGAUAUAAAUCUCAAAGUUUGGCUGAAUAUUAUAACUCCAGUGUAAACGAAGUUAUGCAGAACAAUGAAGGAGUAUGAGCAUUUGGUAUACGCCUCUCUUAACAUUCCUGCAUGAAGUCACAAUUCCAACCCAAAACGAGGCCAUCAGCGCACAUCACGCCACCACCAGUACCAGUCACUCGAUCCUAGCUGCAGUGGCUGCACUGAUGGCCUCAUUUUUGGUUUUAGAAUGGUGACGUCAUGCAUGAGUAUUAUAAGAGGCAUAUUGGUGAGAGACCGAGUUUACUAUAGAGCAACAUUUUGUGGAGAGCAAGUCACUAAUAGUGAAGACCACACAGCAUGUUAAGCUGGUAACAUAUUUCUGCUAAGCAGAAUUUUUAUUCGCUACGCAAGUUUGUAUGAUUACCAAAUUAUUUAAUUCCAUUCAUCGAAACGUAAAGUGAACCACAGUUUGCAUGCCGUAAUCAUGAUUUUUAAUUUUUCUUUUGUGGUUAAAUUUAAAGGAGGGUGUGAUUUGUUGUAAAUGGCAAUUUAACUGGUUGGCCAAUAACACUCAGCGUGGUUUGUGGAAUAUUUAGAGAA